CUAAUUUGAACUUUUAAAGAGACCAUCAGAACAAUUUUACGAGGCGAAAUAUUGAAUUUUCAAUGCCACCUAAAAAGGGAAAAGGAGGUGGAGGUGGUAAACAAGAUAAAGGAAAAGGAGGAAAAGGAGGAGGGGGUGGUGAAGAUGAGGGAGCCAGUGGAGGGAAGGCAAAAAAGGGUGGAACUGCAGUGAAGGUUCGGCAUAUCUUAUGUGAAAAACACUCUAAAGCAAUGGAAGCCAUGGCAAAGUUAAAGGAUGGUCAAAAGUUUAAUGAAGUCGCCUCAGCAUACAGUGAAGAUAAAGCAAGACAGGGGGGUGAUUUAGGAUGGAUGACAAGGGGAUCGAUGGUUGGUCCAUUUCAAGAUGCAGCCUUUGCCCUCUCACCAAGCACAGUUGAUAAACCAGCAUAUACAGAUCCCCCAGUCAAGACAAAGUUUGGUUAUCAUAUUAUUAUGAUCGAAGGAAAGAAAUAACAUCUGAACUGAACUUAUGUUACGUGACAGGAUAGUGGUUUUUCAGACUCUCCAACUAGAGGCGUAGGAGAAGUGAAGGGUUAGGUAGUGAUUUUAAAGAUAAACUUGGAACUAGAAAAGCUCAUAAUAACGUAGAAAAUGUGUUUUCGGCGGAAAUUAUUAGCGUCAAUAGACAUACUGAACUUUUUUUUUUGCCUUUUGAGGCUCGCGCUGCGGGCAGUUUUAUUUUAAACGGUUCUGUCACUGUUUUUUUUUUGUUUUUUUUUUGUUUUUUUUUUGUUUUUUUAUAAUACUGUCAGUCUAAUAUCUUAAAUGUAACUUUGAGAGUGUGCAAUAACUGUGUGCGAUUGUCAUUUUUAUUCAUACCUGUUUAGGGUUACCAUUUAUUCACCCGUAUUAACUGACAUCGAUUCAUGGAAAAACUCACGGUUCUGUCUUUCAUGCUCAUGAGGAAAAUUUCAUCAGCUGACUAACAGUCGGACUUGUAAUUUUUAAUUGUUCAAAUAUAUAUCAUAAAAUGUUUAAUUAUACAAAAUAAAUGCCGCACCUAAAUAUUCCUGUAUUUCCUUCAACUUAAGGCCGAUUGAAGAAUCUUUUUUAAAUUCGUAGAUUCAGAGUUUUCAGAAACCGAAUGGCGGAUAUCGUUAUCACAAAUAUAACAGCUGUGUGAUAUCGUUGUUUUUUUUUGGCGGAUUUUUUUUCUUUUGAUUUGUUUUGUUUUUGGAAAAAACAAAGAAUUUACCAAAUUUUUCAAUAAUGAAAUGAAGUUCAUUUUGAAGCAUUAUGCAACUUAAUUAUAUUUUAUUUUCCAUCAUAACGUACAUGCAUUUUCGUAGUUACGUAACGAGCGUGGGAGAAAAGCUAAGUUUCACAUAAGGAAUCAUAGCGGCCAGAACUUUGUGAGCUUGUCAUAAGUUAGUUGAUAAAUGACAAGCUAGAAAUAGUCAAAAGCUUUUUGCGAAUACUAUUAACAAUCACAAUUUUACUAUGAGUGACAAUGCAAGAUCCGAAAAAGAAAAAAAAACACUAACAACAAAACAAAACAGCGACGCCAGCAAUUAACUGUAACAUGAAAAAAUGUGAUUCUUUUCAUCAAGGUUUUCUGUAUUUUGUUUUAGCUGUUAUCAAUGGUAAUUCCUUCAAGCAAUACCAUGAUUUUUAUAGGAUGUCUUUGACAGCUCAAAUGAUCCUCUUCAGGAGAGAAUUAAGGAAAAUUGUCAUUCAUCUCAACAAUAAAGCGACGAACAAAUAGAAGGACAAAGAAACGUAACAUCCAGUCGUGGAUUGGCCUCACGCAGAGUUUUCCUUCCGUCGCUUCCAAUCGUUAUGAGUAGAAAUUUCAUACAACAAGGUUAAAAUCUAAGUCAGGUAUGGCUUUCUCCACAACCGUCAGAAAUACACUGUUAGAUCUUUCAUGAUUUAGUCAUCAGAAUUCAUCAAUUACUUGUUCGUGAACAAACGCAGCUGAUUCUAGUUUUGGAAGAAACGAAAACCCAGGCAAGGGACGGCUGUCUUUGAAGUGAGAUUAUUUAGAUUCUUUAUGAGAAAUAAUCACAGUCGAAUUUUGUACUAUAUUUAGUCCGUUAAUCCCCAAUUCAAGCCCUAUACUGAUUUUUCCGGUAACCAAAUCAAACUUGUCAAAUAUCACAAGACGAGAGUACUUUUUUACAGCUUACAUCACUGUUAUUAUUGUGUUUUUCCAUAUAUAAAAUUUGUUGUUUCUAUGUCGGUGACUCACUUACUUUAGUCAAUCUUUAGCUUAGGAAUAAAACAUUUAUGACAAUUAAACACUAUCUGCAUAUUAAAUAUA